AUGUCCUUUCUCUUUGGACGCGCCAGGUCUAGGCCUGGGGUAGACCUGGCGAAGCAAGCAAAGGAGUUCCUGAGAAACGGCACCACCAAAACAGAUGAUCUCGCCAAGGUCUUGUCACAAAUGAAGCUCGUCCUUCAGGGAGACCCCGACACCAGCCCAGAUCAGAUUUACCACCUUGUCACGACCGUCAUAGAGGAGGAUCUCCUCUACCAGCUUGCCGUACACCUACACAAACUGCCGUUCGAGUCUCGGAAGGAUACGCAAGUCAUCUUCUCCUAUAUAUUCCGAUUCCGACCGGCCGGCGCAUCCCCGAAAUCCGAUCCAGUAGCCUUGUCGUACGUUGUCAAUCAACGACCUCAGGUGCUUGUUGAACUAUGUCGUGGGUACGACUAUAAGGAGAGCGCUACGGCCGCGGGCGCCGUUCUGCGGGAGGUAUUAAAAGUCGAGGCUGCUGCGGCGGUUAUUUUGUAUGAUGAUGGAGAGAAGGAGGGCUCUAGCACGUACGGCCUUGCCGGUAUCGAGCGAGAUAAGCCGCAGAGCGGAAAUGGAGUGUUCUGGAAGUUUUUCGAGUGGAUCGAUAAAAGCUCCUUUGAAGUUGCUGCAGAUGCCUUCACUACCUUUAGAGAACUCUUGACGAAACACAAGGAGCUCGUACCGCGGUAUCUCACUGUGAACUUUGAAAUGUUCUUCUCCAAAUACAAUACUACCUUGGUGCAGUCCAACAGCUAUGUCACAAAGCGUCAGUCGAUCAAGCUGUUGGGAGAGAUUUUACUCGACCGCUCAAACUACAGUGUGAUGACAGCAUACGUCGACAGUGGUGAGCAUCUGAAGAUCUGCAUGAAUCUCCUUAGAGACGACCGCAAGAUGGUUCAGUAUGAGGGUUUUCAUGUCUUCAAGGUCUUUGUCGCCAACCCCCACAAAUCUGUUGCUGUACAAAAGAUCCUUAUCAUGAACCGAGACAAACUUCUCACCUUCCUAUCCAACUUUCUCAGUGAUAGGACUGAUGAUGAGCAGUUUAUUGAUGAGCGAGAGUUUUUGAUAAAACAAAUCAAGAACUUGCCCCCCCAGCCCAUUCCACCUCAGAGGUAA